CCACCUCAGAGCCAGAGGCACAUGGAGUAGCAUAACACUCUGAGAAUACAUUCACAUACUCAUAUACUGGAAUGCACUGAGACCUCUACACCUGUCUGCCUGUUGGACCUACAGUGUUUGGAUAUUAAGUGCAACUUCUACUGAAUGGAAUAUUAACUUUUCAACCAUGUUGUGCCCGUCUUCUAAGGACCAAUUCAGUUUCGGAUAUACCCAAGUAAAAUGGAGGAUAGUUUUGAUUGCGACUGUGGCGAGCUUGAGCCACCUGAUCAUUGAGGGUGAAUAAUUACUUUGAAGACUUAAAGGCCAGACUCAUUUCUGUUUUACAAACCCGGCUGCUUGACAGGAAAGUAACAGCGAAGAUCAAUAUUUCAAACAAACACAAAAAACCGUGCAUUAAGGCACACUUUACAUGAAGCUGCUCAGGACCAGUCAUACACUGAAUGUAUCUGCACUGUAAGGAUGCAACUACAUGCUUUUAUAGGUAAACAUAUUAUCAGUGCUUUUUAAUUGGCCUCAUUCAAGUCCAUUCCAUUGCAGUCUGAAAACACUAGUGUAGUAUAAAACGGUGAGGAUUUGUGGAGGAAUUAAACUUGAACAUUUCCUCUCCUUUUUCAAAAUGGAAAGAAAGAUGGAUUGUACAUUUGUGCCCCACAUUUGACAGUGACGGUUAGAAAGGGGGGACUGAGUAGUCAUCUAUACAGGGGUCAGUAAGCUCAGCCUCUGAAAGCAGUAGGUGAAUUGUCAAAUAAAUUCCCCUGUUGGUGUUAAGAUUGGACUUAAAAAAACAGGCCUAACGUUACAUAAAGCAGGAGCCUGGUGAAUAAAAAGCGAAACUAGUCGUCAUGGCGGAGAAGUUUGAGUCCCUGAUGAACAUCCACGGCUUUGACCUGGGGUCUCGUUACAUGGACUUAAAGCCUCUUGGCUACGGAGGGAACGGCCUGGUGUUCUCAGCAGUGGACACCGACUGUGACAAGCGAGUAGCUGUAAAGAAAAUCAUCUUGACCGACCCACAGAGUGUGAAACACGCCCUACGGGAAAUCAAGAUUAUCAGACGCCUCGACCAUGACAACAUUGUCAAGGUGUUUGAGACACUAGGCCCCAACGGACGCAGGCUAACAGAGGAUGUGGUGUCUCUGACAGAGGUCAACUCUGUCUACAUUGUGCAGGAGUACAUGGAGACUGACCUGUGUCAGUUGUUGGACAGGGGCCUUCUGUCUGAGGGCCACGCCAGGCUCUUCAUGUACCAGCUCCUCAGGGGCCUUAAGUAUAUCCACUCUGCCAAUGUGCUGCACCGUGACCUCAAGCCUGCCAACCUCUUUGUUAACACAGAGGACCUGGUGCUGAAGAUUGGGGACUUUGGGCUGGCACGCAUCAUGGACCCACACUACUCCCACAAGGGCCACCUCUCCGAAGGUCUUGUCACAAAAUGGUACAGGUCUCCACGCCUGCUGCUCUCUCCCAACAACUACACCAAAGCCAUCGACAUGUGGGCUGCUGGUUGCAUCUUCGCCGAAAUGCUCACAGGGAAAACCCUCUUUGCUGGAGCCCAUGAACUGGAGCAGAUGCAGCUGAUACUGGAGUCCAUUCCUGUGCUGCGAGAGGAAGACUGCCAGGAGCUCCACAGUGUCAUCCCAGUCUUCAUCCGCAACGACAUGUCCACGCCUCACACACCACUGGCCAAGUUGCUGCCUGACGUUAGUCCCCAAGCGUUGGAUUUCCUGGAGAAGAUCCUGACUUUUAACCCCAUGGAUCGUUUGACUGCAGAAGAGGCCCUGGCCCACCCCUAUAUGGCUGACUACUCAUUCCCCCUGGAUGAGCCAAUCUCUCUGCACCCCUUUCACAUUGAGGAUGAAGUAGAUGAUAUCCUGCUCAUGGACCAGAGCCACAGCCACACCUGGGACAGGUAUCAUGAAAGUCAGCUGUCAGAGGCUGACUGGCAUUUGCACAGCACCCACGACCCAGACGAAGUACAGGUUGACCCAAGGGCUCUCUCUGAUGUAACCGACGAGGAGGAGGUUCAGGUGGAUCCUCGUAAAUAUGCUGAUGGAGAUCGGGAGAAGUUCCUGGAUGAGCCGUCCUACGACUACUCCACCAUGUUCCCACUGGAGCGUUCUUGGGAGGACAAUGACGACGACCACCACGAGAACAAAUACUGUGACCUGCAGUGCAGCCACACCUGUAACUACAAGGCUGUGUCGCCCUCCUACCUGGACAACCUCAUCUGGCGGGACAGUGAAGUCAACCACUACCACGAGCCCAAGCUCAUCAUCGACCUCUCAAACUGGAAGGAGCAGCAGAGCAAGGAGAAAGCAGACCGCAAAGCCAAGAGCAAGUGUGAGAAGAACGGGCUGGUGAAGGCCCAGAUCGCACUGCAGGAGGCUGAGAAGACCCAGAGUCCGGUGGAGAAGGACAGAGAGCAGGAGAAACAUCAAACAGAGAAGCCUCAGGGCCAGCAGAACCAGGGCUUUGACUUUGACUCCUUCAUCGCCAGCACCAUCAAACUGAGCCUGCAGCCCGAGCCCUGUCAGGAGGCCACCCUGCUCAACGAGGUGGGCCUCCUGAAUGAGCUCAACUCUUCCGUUUCCCAGCUGGAAGCCCCGCGCUCCGGCUCCAUGUCCAAGUCCAUAAGUCAAGAGAAGGAGGAGAAGUGCCUGGUGAACCUUGCCCAGUUAGGCGGAGUGGGGCAAGGGGUCGUCGUAGGAGACGGCGUCCGGCCCACUCAGCCCUGGGAGAGCUUCGGCUCUGGGGAGAGAAUCAGCGAGAGUGGCUGUUUGAUUGACGAAGCAUGCUGGGACAUUCAUAAAGAGGACCCCUACCAGAAGGAGAGCACUUACACCAGCUACCUGGACCGCCUGUUCAGCCGGAAGGAGGAGGUGGUUGCAGAGACUGUCGCCACUACGGAGACAGAGCCCUCGGAGGAGGAGAGCUUCCUCUGCAGGAACACAGAGAUUGUGCUUAACAUGCAACUGGACUCUCUUGCGCUGCCCGGCUUUGACAGCACCGAUGACUUGCCUCUAAAAUCCAUCCAGACGUCACUCACCACCUGCGCUGUCAAAUGUUCCCCACAAAUCGCCCAUAAAACAUACAGCAGCAUCUUCAAACAUCUUAAUUAAAGAAAUAUAUAUCCUCCCGUACAGUGCAAAAACUAGGUAGUUUUGUUUUUAUGUUGUUUUUCUUAAAUGACAUGGUAUAUUAUUGUACUUGAAUCAUUUCAUACCUUUUUUACAAUUGUUACUUUUAAUUUCUUUUUUUAAGAGUUGAGCGGGGUGGUUUAUUAUAUUUAAAGAGUUUUGGUCAUCACUCUGAGCCUUGAUCACCAGGCCUUCAUGGGUUAAUGUCUACGACCUCAUUGCUAACCUGGCAUGUCACUCGCUCGCUUCAAGUACUGUAGACCAACAGAGAGAAGGAGAGAAUUAUCUGGAGGUAAAGAGAAGGGUUCUGAUUGAAGAGAUAGGGUUUGACUGUGAUAUAAGGAAGGAUGGCAGACGCAGACAUUGCCGUAGGCAUUUAAAGUGCUUUCAAUCAACCUUUCCUGGUGGGACGGGAUACAAGAAAAAAAGGGGUUGGGAUUUCCUUUUUUUUUUCUUUUUUUUUUAAGAAAAAAGAAAAUUGUUCAUGAUGUUCUUUUUCCCUGAAGAAAGCUUCCUUAAUAACCCUUUCAUACUGUAAAUCUGACACAUGAUGCCAGCAGCAACCAUUAUCGUAGGCGUUAAUGUAAAUGUGUUAUCUACCUCAAGGUAACAGCCGCGAGAGACACUCGAAGCCGCACUAGUGCUUUACACACAUGACCAUCCUCAUACCAUGAAGUGGUCACAUAGAUGAAAUCUGUCUCACUUUAGCAUUUAACAUAGUGAGGUGUUUCAGUAAUCAUUAUUUAUUUCUAGCAGAUGUGCGAUAUUUAUUUUAUCAAAAUGUGUUAUUUCAAUGUGAUUAUUGAAGAUUGAGGAGUUGGACAGACUUCAAGUUUAAUUUCGGCACUAUGUGGACGUGCAAGUGUUCCUUUGUUUAACGCUAGGAUGCAAAUUCAUCUGUUAUGUUCUGUCAGGAGUUGAGGCUUUCUGUUUUCCACCAAUAUUGUCCAAAAGGAUAUCAUUUUUUUUUGUUUUUUAUUUAUAGGUGCGUUCUGUCUUUAGUGGAAAAAAACUGCUCUAUGGUUUAAAGAAGCACCUAAAAGUCUUAAUUUUUUAUCUAAAUGUAAUGUAAAAAAUGCGUGCAUGGAGACAGGAGAAGGGUACAUUUAAAGUCAAGUUAAUGGUGAGUAUAAUGUACGUCAGUUUUAAUUGUACGUUUUUUGUUAAAUUUCUAUGUACUUUUUCCAGGCAAGCAUGAUGAAUUAGGUUACGGUGUAGCAUGUAGAACACUUAUGGACUUCUUUUGUAAUCAUUGGUUCCCCUGUUCUACAAAAUAUCUCCAAAUAAAAUUACUGGCAAAGAG